UCUCCUCACCCUGUAACACCCUUGCAGAACACCCAACUCAUGCAGCCCUCUCCAUCCCACCUUUCUCACUGCUGAAGGCAGCAAGAAGCUCAACAAGAUGGAGCCAGGAGUCGCUGGCAUGGAGCUCAGUGCUCUUACCUGGGACCUCAGCUGCUGCCGUGUGCGAUGCUGUGCUCUUUUUGCCCUUCCACGACAGCUAUGUGGCUUCUGCCUCUAAAUCCAGUGCUGGGAUACCGGGAAGCAUUUCACAGAGCAUCCGUGGGAAUUACAGCAAAAUGCAAAGGGAGAAAAUGAUUACUCUUAUCACCAGUAAGAUGGAAGAACUAACAAGCAAUUCCUCAUCAUGCAGAUGGUAGCAGCAGUCAUCUAUCUCAGGGGAAGCCUUACACCCUAGAUGUUAAAGCCUAAGGAUACUCACCCAGCUAAAUAUCAACGCAUGGAGAUGGCGAGCAGACCCAACAGCCUCAGCCUGGGAUCUGCUGUGUGCACACAGGAGCCUGGCCUCUGGAGACAGGUGCCCCAGGCACACAGACAAGCAGCCCUUCCUAGCACGGCCCUGCUCCGCCUCUGCCCUCUGAUGGAUUAUUUGACUAAUUAUUUUUAAUGGAAACCGGCUAUUUCCGUGGCUGCAGCAUAACCUCGAGUGAUCCAAGAUGGCUUGUGAAUUCAUGUGGCCUUCCAGUGGGGCUGACGUCAGGGAAGAAUUUGGGAAAUGAAUGGAUUCUUGGCUCGCUGGCAAAUAGCCGGUCAGUCACAGCUCAGUUUUUCCUCCAGCCCAACACAUCAUCGUUGGCCACUAAGUGCUGGAUGGGAUGUGGGAUAUGGGGGAUUCUUUGCUUUUUAGCCACAAUUGACCUGCUUCUGUCCCUGCCCGUGUCCUGUUUGGAUGCGGUGCUACCGGCUGUAUGCUCCUGACAUGCUCAUGGAAACUCUUGUAUCAUCACCGGUCUCGUGAUAUUUUGCAUCUUCUCCCGGAGCUCCAACUUGAAUGACAAAGCACUGUUCCACCACAUAGACAUUGCCUUUACCCUCGUGUAGGUGCACCCCUAGAGAGCAGAAGGUUGGCAGGAGCAUUGACCACCACCGUCCCCAUUCAGCCCAUUGGUUUACCCAAGUCAAUUCAAUUAUGCCAGUUCAAACCACUGUGGUCGGCAGAACACUGACAACCCAAGUGGUCAUGCAUCCUGAUUUGAUUUCAAUUUCAGUAACCAAAAGCCACUACAUGGGGCAUCACCAUGCUCAGCAGUGUGAGCACACACUUAAAGGGAGGGCAGAGCGCAAACACAAGAGCACUCCUUUGUCUCCAGAUGAUAUAUGGCCAUGUCUCUGACUGCAAGUAAUACUGGUUCCAUGUCUGUGUCACAAGUGACUUAAGGCCAAUUCGGAGCCAGCACAGAAGAAAUUCUCAGUCUUUGAUCUCUUGGAAGCACUUCAUUCGUUGACUCUCCAUUCUCGUUUAUAACCAGGGGAUUUCCAAGGAGAACAUAUUUCCUUCACUUCAACUGUGGCAGGCAAAACAACUGCCACAUUGCGUUGCUGCAGUGCCACACAGUGUGCUAUCCUUUAUGAAGGGUGUAUCUUGGUCUUGGUUUGGCCUCUGCACCAUAGAUAUGGGCACAAUAAACCCCAAAUGGGCACUACUGUGGUCAGGGCACCAAAGGCAGGAGGUGGGUCAUCACCCUACAGCGUCACUGCAGAGGGAUGGGCUGCGGCAGGAGGUGUUCUACGAGGAGCCUAAGUGACAUUAAAAGCCUUUGCACAGUGUAAAGUCUUCCCUGGCUGCCUUACUGCCAAAAUGCUACGUGUUCAAGUCUGGCUGGAAUGCUGCCUUUGGUUGAAGAGCACACGAAAGAAGCAAGAGCAUGGAUGCUUGCACAGGAUAGUGCUAUCCUACCUGUAGCCCUGGCCUGUAUGGGUGUCAUGGUGGAAGGUGCUAGAACACAUACCAAAGUAAUAUUUAUCCGAAUAUGAGUUAAUCCCAAAGGGGAUUGUUUCCAGGCUGUAUCACCAAUGGUUUGUUCCCUAACUCCCGUACAUAAUACGUGGAUCAGGAAUUCAGCCUUGCAGGCAGCUGUCAUAGUGUCGCAUGUACCACCUCAGUGGCUAGGUUUCAUUAAAAAUUAUAAUGUAAGCAAGUAAUUUUAGGAUUGGAGGUGGAGCAGGUCUGGAUUAUUAAAAAAUUGUAUUUCCAUACCCCUGAGGUGUCUCACUUCCGGAGACACAGACAUUGAAAUUGUAUAAAAGGGUUCAUAUUGUAGUGUUUCCCAAGCCAUUUUGGUUUCGUUUGCUUGUUCCUGGUGGUGAAUUGGGUAAGUCUCUCUUGGCUUGCUGGGAUGUAGUGUAAAGGCUGGGGAGAUUGGGUUUUUGAAUGGUACCCGCAGAAGCAAGUUAGAAGACUUACAAGUGCUUCUGCUUAGUAAGAUUCGUAUGCGGCACUUAUCAAGCAGCUAAGCUAAGGGUAAAUAUCCAUUUCACCUUCUUCCAGCUUCUAUUUGCUGUGUGUUUUGCAAUUGCUGUGUUUUCUCCGUUGGGGUGUAUCUCAGGGCAGCUGAGAGUGGACCAACCUUCCCCUUUCCCAGGCACAGUACUGCCCUGUUUUAACCAGGAAAUUAUUGGGUUUGAGAGGGAUCAAAAGGCAAGACAAGGACUUCAAAGACACAAUAGUGGGAGGGAAGAUAAGAAGUGGAGCCUCACAGGCUGCGGGGUAAGCCAUGCCUGGAAGGGAGUCUGGAUGAGAGGAGCUGAGGACUUCUGUGGGCAGGUGGAGGCUGUUGUGCCUUCUGCCCAUGCAAUAGAAUCUGGCAAAGUUUGCUUAACACCGUUUUUCACUCCUGUUCUGAGAAGCAGUUUGAGAUGUACGUGCAGUGAGCAACUGCAGCUGUACCUGAGAUGCUUCCACGUGGAGUUAGUGCCCUGCUGUGAUUUCAGUGCGCUUUCCCAACACGUUGCUCAGUAUUCCAAGGGAAAAAGUAUAGGGUACCUCACUGCAUAAAACAGCCUUGUGAAAGAUGAGUGCCUCUGUUUUCCACACAGGGUAUUUCUCUCCCUCUUUCAGACUUUCCUCCUCCCUCAGCCAUGCUUUUCCAAACCGACUGCCAGCGCAGACAGCCCUGCCUCCCACCUCAUGUCGUCCUGGUGAGGAAUUUGCCCGUCAGAAGAAGCGUGGAUCCUUGCAGCCCUGUCUGCAGCGUCUCACGCCUGAACACAUGUGCAGAGCCAUGUUACUAUGCCAGGGUUCCUCAGGGCACCACCACCUACCUGAAACUUGGUAGCUGUGAUGUGAGGCAGAUUGCCUUGGAUCCCUGCUGCCUUGGGAUCACCACACACGUGGAUCCCUGCUGCCAGGAUGGAACCCAGUGCACCACUACAUGCGUGGAUCCCUGCUGUCAGGAUGUCACCAAGUGCACCACCAGGUGUGUGGAUCCCUGCUGUCAGGAUGGAACCCAGUGCACCACCACAUGCGUGGAUUCCUGCUGCCAGGAUGUCACCAAGUGCACCACCAGAUGUGUGGAUCCCUGCUGCCAGGAUGGAACCCAGUGCACUACAAGAUGCGUGGACCCCUGCUGCCAGGAUGUUACCAAGUGCACCACCAGAUGUGUGGAUCCCUGCUGUCAGGAUGUCACCAAGUGCACCACCAGAUGUGUGGAUCCCUGCUGCCAGGAUGUCACCAAGUGCACCACCAGAUGUGUAGAUCCCUGUUGCAAGGAAGUGACCAAGUGUACUACUACCAGAUGUGUAGACCCCUGCUGCAAGGAGGUGACCAGAUGUACUACCAGAUGUGCAGCUCCCUGUUGUGAGGAAGUGACCAAGUGCACCACCAAGUGUGUGGAUCCCUGCUGUAGACCUGGGACCAGAUGUGCUACUGCAUGUGUGGACCCAUGCUAUGGCAGAGUUACCAAGUGCACCACCAGAUGUGUGGACCCCUGCUGUGGAGCAGUGACCCGAUGCAGCACUAAGUGCGUGGAACCGUGUUGUGAGGAAGUGAGCAAGUGCACCAGCAGGUGUGUGGAUCCGUGCAGUGGAGUUGUGACCAGGUGCACCACAAAGUGUGUGGAUCCGUGCUGUGGCAGAGUGACCAAGUGUGCAAGAUGCAAGAAUCCCUGCUGUGAGGAAGUGAGUAAGUGCACCACCAGAUGCGUAGAUCCCUGCUGUGGCAGAGUGACCAAGUGUGUGGAUCCGUGCUGUAGGGAGGUGACCGGCUGCAAAAACAGGUGUGUGGAUCCCAGCUGCAAGGAGGUGACCAGGUGCACCCCCAUUUGUGUGGAAACCUGCUGCACUGAGGUGACAAAGUGUGCCACUACAUGCGUAGAUCCCUGCUGUCAGGAUGCCACUAAGUGCACCACCACAUGCGUGGAUCCCUGCUGCAAGGAGGUGACCAAAUGCACUACCACGUGUGUGGACCCAUGCUGCCAGGACGUGACCCAGUGCACGACCAGGUGUGAAGAUCUCUGUUGCCAGGAUGCAACCCAGUACACCACCACCUGCGUAGAUCCCUGCUGCCAGGAUGCAAACCAAUGCACCUCCGCGUGUGUGGUUCCCUGUGUCCCCCCCUGCUUUGCGAGGCCCACCCCACUGUGUGCCAGCAUCUGUGGCCGGCACUACUCCAUCAGCUGUGCUGACAUCUGCUGCCGCAAGUGAACAGCUCCUUAAGGGGUGGUCCCACAAUGGGAGCUGACAGGGGACCCCUCUGCUGUGUCCCUGCUCUGUGCAGCCCCAGCAGCUACGGAAUGAAAAUGGUUUGCAGACCUCCUGAGCCCUCUGAUGUUUUCCUCACCUCUUGGCUCUCCUCAUGCCCUGUCCGUCCAAGGGAGGGCAGAUCCUCACAUGGUUUUCCUUGCAUUCUGCAUCAUAUAUAAUAGAUUUAUCUGAAGAGUAAUGCCUUUCCUUGUAACAUGUAACCAGUUGAUUUUGUGCCCCCAGGAUUAUUUGCCUGGGUGAGAGAUUCUGUCGUUCUUUUCUGCAGUGAUGUGGUUGGAGGAAUUUGUCCUUCCUCGCCAUCAUCUCCUUUUC